AGUAAUGGCUACCACAUCUAGUUUUCGAGUAAUGUUUUCCGCGGAGAGCCCGGAUUCCCGUGUUUAUCGCGGUAUUUAAUAAGGCAAGAUCGGCUUGCGCAACGCAUCGGCGUCGGCCGAGAUGCGUGCGGUAUCUAUACACGAGCUGUUUCGACUGCCUUAGUGUCAUUUUCGUCGAAAAAUGCCUGUGUUUACAUCCGAAUUGCGACCGAGCUUCUGUGUUCCUGUCACAUUGAGCGUAUGGUUCACAGUCCUCAAAUAGCCGAAUCGAAAACUAGACUUGGUAAGGACAAAGCCGUACGAGGACGAUAGCCAAUUGUACCUGGGCCGAUCGCGCAACUCACUCGCGAGUUUCCACUUGGUGUGCUUUCGCAAGGCUAUCAAAACGUCGAUCCCGUCGGUAAUCAAGUUAUCGGGGGGUGGAACAGCUGGCAGUGGGGAGCAAGUGUCCCCAGGGCCUGGCCCACCUCCCCCGGUGUCUCCGUUAGCCGGCGGUGAUAAUCGCAGCCACGAGAACGCAGCAGCGGCGGCGGCAAACAACGAUAAUGAAGCGAUGCAAGUUACCGUUUCGACGGCGAUUGGAACGAAUAAAUCUACGUCCGCGGAAAUGGAAGAAGAAUAUGGGCAAGCCGCCGAAACCACCAUGAGCUUCGUUCUGAAGCUGGAUGUAGAUGUAGAGGCCACGACGGCAUCGGUAGUGGAGAAUGUAACAAAGAGCGGCGAAGGGCAACCGCCAACGUUGUUGUUCGCCCGGGAAAUAUGGCGGUCCCAGGAACCAGCAAUUGCCACUGAUGCCAACAGCACCUCGACGGGGAACGCUGUAAUGAUUGCGAGCAGCGACGACGUCGCCGCGGCUGCUUGUGGUGGUAAGUCGCAAUUGUUGCAGUGUCUGGAAGCGGCGACUACUCAGCAACCCACAGCGAUGGCCGCUACUGCGUCUGCUCUUACGACAGUCAAGCCUGUGGUGACUUAUCCAGUCGCCAAAGGUGCCAGGGAACAGGUGCAGAAAAUGAUCGCUGGUUCGCAAACCAACACUACGCAAGUGUUGACGACACGUGUCAUCUCGCAAAAGAUACCAUCAUCUAGCCAGGCGCAACCUGUUCCGUUGGCGAUUCUCAAUACCUCCCCUAUAUCAACUCAAUCUCCUCUAGUAGCGAGCAAUAUGCAAGCUGCAUUGCAUCCCAAAUUUCAUCCUGUCUCUGUUCAACAGCACAUUGUAGGCACCGCCGCAAGCGUGAAGACUAUUGCUACGGCGGCGACGAAUCUUCAAAGGAUACAAGUAAAAACGGCACCUUCAAGUGUUAUAACGAACAGCCAAUCUGCGCAGAAGGGAAAAACCAUAACGAAUAUGACUAAUACUAUUCAGUCUGCUGUCGGAACCGCGCAACGUAACAAUUCUUUGUCCAGGGCACAGAACUUGCAAAAAUCGCAGGUAUUAACUAAUCAGAUUAAUCAGGUGACAGUCAACAACCAGGCAACCGCGAAUUCACAAAAGACUCAGCAGGCUAAUCCGAUGAUACAAAAGACGAUGCAGCCUGUCAACACGCAAAAGUCUGUUUGUAAUAAUCAGAAGGUUUCAUCGCAGCUGUUGAGCAGCAGCCAUCAUCCAAAUCAUAAGACACAACAGCAACAAAAUCUGCAGAAAUUGCAGGGGUCCCAGAAAACUCUGUCAAUGACUAGACAGCAGCAACAAUUGACUGCACAACAGGUAAACAACGUUCCAAAGUCUAGUGGCCACGGUAUACAAAAGAUUCAGACAUCCGGACAGCAGCCUACAAUGAGCCAACAGCAGGUGCAGGCACCUCAUCAGAGAUCUCAAUCGGUGGUGACCGGGCUGCAAAAAUCCCAGACGAUACUAAACACUAGUCGGGUACCAAGUGCAAUGAGUAAUGUCUGCAAAAGUAACAGCGUACCAAAUAUCUCCAAAAUACCACCGCAAAAUUCGAAUGUACUUGGUAAUAAACAGUCGCAGAUACAGUCUCCGUCGACGCAAUUCCAGCAGCAAAUCAUACAAACUUCGCAGCAGCAAUUAGUGAUGCAAAAGUCACAACAGCAACAGUCGACGAACGCAAAUAAUCUACAGGCUCAAAGAAAUCACAGUAUUACUAAUAUGCAUCAAAAAGUGGUACCGAAUAAUCAAAGGACUCAAGCUGUGAUAAAUUCAAAAGUUCAGCAACAACCAUUGCAACAGAUGAUGAUGAGGGCAGGAAUAUCGAAGGGUCAGACCCCGCAAGCUUUACAGUCUACAGGCCUGAAAGGCGCUUCCCAAAAAUUAAUGAAUCCCGUCAAAGGUACUACAAACUCCCAAAAUAAUGCCGUUCAACAAUCUGCAGCACAGAGAAAUAGUAAUCUUGCUCAAUCUAUGAAGAUUGUAACACAGCAACAACAGCAGCAACAACAACAGAACAUAAUCAAUCCGCAGAACGCUCCGCAGAAACAACCCGGCUGUAUCAAAACAAUUCCGCCGCAGAAACCCGUACAGAGGAAUCAUACCCAGAAAGUUGGCGCCAGUGGCAUUAAGACCUCAUUGAACACAAACGUGUCAGCAUUGACGAAGACUCAGGGUCCAACCGCAAUACAGAUUGCGCAAAAGGGAUGUAUCAAGACCUUAUUGCAGCAAACAACUGCGGUCGCAUCGUCCCCUAUAAUGACUGCGCACAAAAGCUCACCGAUCAAGAUUCAACCACAAGUGAUACAGCAGAAGCAACUAAUCAUGGCGCCACAAUAUGCCCAACAAAUCAGGCAACAGACUGGACAGAUAAAGACCCUGUUGCCGGUAUCCUCGACUGUGACCGAACUUCGUAAGGAUCUCAUUGAAGUCAAAAAUGAAACCGAGUUACGAAUUUCCAAAGAAGAAGAACAAAAUGCUCGUAAAUCACCAGUGAGAAGAAUGCCACUUCCUUAUGAGUGUCUUCAGUUUGUUCUCCAAGACCACAAUUACGGAGCGCCACCGCCGCGAACUCCACCACCACCUCCGUCAUCACCGCCUCAUCCAAAGCAGCAACCCAUUAAUGGAGCUGGCAGUUCCACGGCCACCUCUCAACAUUCUUAUAUUUUUAGUCCUGUUGUGAGUAAUACCAAUACGGAGGAUGACGCCGCCAGCACGAUCAGUAGCGAAGCGGGACGAGAAGCGGAACCGGAAGGCGAAGAAACCGAAACGGCACCCGAAGGAGAAGGCGACGACGAAGACAGUGUCACUAGAUGCAUCUGUGACUUUGAACAUGACGAUGGAUACAUGAUUUGUUGCGAUCGAUGCUUAGUAUGGCAACAUGUCGAUUGCAUGGGCAUAGACCGUUCAAACAUUCCUGACGAGUAUCUCUGCGAAAGAUGUCGGCCACGACGAGUAGAUAGACAGCGAGCCCGCGCUUUGCAAAUGCGCAAACGCGAGGAGCUGCUCAAUUCGGAUACGUCAUCUGACACGUCGUCCACCAGCUCAGCGGAUACGGACGUUGGCUCGGUGAACGCGACGGUCCAGAAAAAACGUUCGCUACCGCAGCAGCAGCAGCCACCGUCACAAAUUCCGCGACGCGGCAAGUCCGAUGCGUCCACUCAGUCCGCACAGGUGCGAAGGCUGAAUAAUAACAAUAAUAAUAAUAACAAUGUCGCGAAACGACAGAGAAGAGACUCGCAUCCUCGACAAUCGAGCGCAGUUCGCAAGAAAGAGAACACUACACCGAAACGAGGGCCCGGAAAACGCAAAGCUAAAAGAAGAAUGAGUCUCGAGGAUAAGGAGGAGGAUGUGCAAGACGCUUGGGGCACCAACAUUGCGCCCCUGAGACAGUGGAUCGAGAGAUACGAGGAAGCCGUCACAAAUCAUUAUAGUCCCGAAUUACGUGCCAGAAUAUCGAGCAUCAAGGUUAACGGCACGCAUAGCGAUCUCAGACAGACUAACAUGAAUGUCAUUGCCACCGGUAAAUGCAGACUCAACGUGCACAGUAAUAAUCUCAGAUUUCUAGUGGCAACGAUGUACCUUCCUCCAAACACCCCCGUCGUGGAGCUGCGUGGCAAGUAUAUGCUCAGUACGCAACAUCGGUCGCAGCAUCCGCAGGGUGGUAGACAGCAUGCCCAGCGGCCGGGACCGUUCGUUUUCUUUUAUCGUUUGCCACGCGACGGCACCGAAGUGUGCGUGGAUACACGAACGUACGGGAACGAUGCGAGGUUCGUGCGGCGUAGCUGCAAGCCAAACGCUGAAGUGAAACAUUGCAUCGAAAAGGGUACGCUGCAUCUCUACAUCGUAACAACCUGCGCGAUAGAGAAAAAUGCCGAGAUAACGAUCAAGCAUGAGCAGCACGAUCUAUUAUUGUCGCCCAAUCCCGGCUCCUCUCCCGCGCUACCCAUCGUGUGCGCGUGUAACAAUUCGCGGGAAUGUCAGAUUGCCAAUGUGGCGAACCAGCAACUGAACAGAAGAGGUAGCAACGGCGCUCUCGUCGAAAAUGCCGAUGGCAGAGAACGGAGACGGCGAGGUAGGAGGAACACCGUCUGCGAGGAAACCGAUCCUGCGCCACCGGUAGUUCCUACGAGUAUCACGCAACAACAAGUCACUUCGACCGUGACAUCAUCCGCACCAUCGAUGGUGACUGUCACGACGCCGAGAAAAACUAUUACGACCACGGUUACCGUUUCAACGACUCGUCAAAUGCCGAAGGAGGAACCUACCGCGAUCGUAACGAACGUGCAACCUCAAACGUCACCUAUUUUAAGCCAACCGCCGGUGACAACGCCAGAAACGAAAAAGGAUAAAAAGAAGAUGACGCGGGAGGAAAGAAAGAUGGAGGCGAUCAUGAAGGCCAUUGAGAGAAUGGAAAAAGCAGAACAGAGGAAGCAGGAGGUGCAAGCGAGAAAUGCACAACGAAAAGAGUCUAGUGGCACACACAGCGACAAUGAAGAUAAUAAUCCGAUGACGGGACAGUCGUCCAAGAGUGGUAAACAAACAAAUUCGGAUAGACCAUUACGACGGAAGAGGAGAAAAGGUCGAGCGAGGACGACGAGCACGUCUCAAUCGCAGAAUAAUAGUCGGAGAACGAGAUUGAAUUCGGCUGAGUCUGACGUGUCCUCUGGAGACGAAAGCAAUUCCAUGCAGUCGCCACCUCUACUGGGUCGUCCGCCCAGCCGGGAAGUUCCCUAUUCGUCGCAUCUACAUACGCCGGCCAAGAAUACGAUCACGAUGGGAGACAGUACGAACAGCAUAGGACCAUCAUCCGGUAGUCAUCACAGUGGAAUUCCUACAGCGGCUGGUUUACUAUUGGCCCUGGCGAAUUCCAAUGCUCCGGGCCCUCCAAGUUCACCGCCGCUGCAGCAACCCACUCCUGUCAAGAGUCCUACUUGCGACAGUGGGGCUAGUAGUAGCUCGCAAAGUUCCACGCCACCCACACCGCUGUCAUCCGCCUGCUUGUUGGUGGCCGCGGCGGUUGGCCCGCUGGCACCAGGUUUUAAAUUCCCAAAAACGAAGAAGGUACUGAUGAACGAAUGGCUGAAGGAAUCGCCCGAUCCGCCCCAGGCCAAUGUAUCCCAGGUGUCGCCGCUGCCGGCUCUACCUUCAGCGCCGACUUUACAAAAUUCCAUGAAUCAUCCGCUAUGUAGCAGACAUUUCCCGCCGUUGCCGACAGAUCCAACGGCGGAAUUCCUCUCACAGAGUUACGCAGCCAAGAGCUUAGCCACUCUCGUACAAGCCGCCAAUUCGGUUAGCGGUAUAUGCGAUUCUCCACCGCAACGGAGACAGCAACAGCAGGCUGUUGCCGCUUCUGGAAAUAACAACAAUAACAACGGCGGUAAUUGUCCCACGGGCUCGGCAAAGAAGCGGUGGCUACGUCAGGCAAUUUCGGAGGAAUGCGAUUCGCCCAAUAGCCGGCCUGAAAGUCCGCCGUCGCUCAGCGAAACAGUGGCACCCCCCAAGAAGCGAAGAAUAGCUCGGGAGAGUCUAUCAUCGGAAAAUUAUACUCCGCCGACAACGCCGACUAUGUUACUACCAACUGAAGCAGCAUCUAACAGCAGAUCGCUAUGUCCCGCUGAGGAUGAUUACGCGGAACGCGCACAGUCACCUUUUGUAGAGCAGAAUGACGAGAUGCAUUAUGAAUCGGAAUCUAUGAAAGAAGAGGUUAAGGUUGAUAGCAGACCGGUAGAUUCCGAUGAUCCAGUUCGAAAGAAACUCUCGAUUGAUAUUUUUCCUCAAUCAGAUUUUUACAUAAAGCGUGAAGAAAAAAUGGAAUGCUCGGAUAUCGUUAAAAUGGACAUUUCUCCCGCGAUGAAAACAGAAAGUGCUACGAUAAAGGAAGAAAAAGUUUUUCAAAAGUGGGAAAAAGGUGAUAUCAAAACCGAAUGUAAUUAUGGUCCAUUGGAUCCGAAAAUAUUUGCAAAGAUUCAAAAAGUCGUAGAAAGCGGAGUGUCGUUCAGUGAUUUGAAUUUGAAAAAAGAACCUUUCAUAAAGAAAGAGGGUCAAGGCACAGUCGAGAUAAUCCAUAACAAUGUAAGGCAUACCGAAAUAGAAGAAUAUCCAUCUCCCAUGGCAUCCGAUGAAAUUCUGGAGCAACGAAUUACCGAGUUGCAGCUGGAGUUUGAUGGCAUGGACGAAAUCGCAUUGAAUGUUGCCAGUAACGAAAAUAAGAAAUCCAAUAGCGAGGAUAAAGAAUCUGAAGCCGCUACAAAGUGUCAAGAAAUCGUUAUCGAGAAAUCGGACGAUAAUGUGUCCAUCGACGAGUUCGACGUCGAAGCGCAGAUGAAGAAGAUCACGGGCGACGAUGGUAACGACUAUCAAGAGAAAAUUGACACGAGUUCGGAGAAAGACAAAAGCAUGGAUGGAAUAGAGGGAUUGAUGGAAAGCUCGAAGGAGGAUUCAGAUUCGGAAGAUAAGGAUAUAGACGACGACAAGUACUGCGAAUCAUCUUUUAAAUUAUUUGAUGUCAAACAUGAAGAAACGUCUUUCAACGAACUGGACACUAAGCCCGAUAUCAAAUUGGAACAGAUUACCAUUACGGAAGAUGACGCGAAAGAAACGGUUAAGAGAGAUACGAACGACGAGGCUUCGAAAGAGAUCUCCAAGACAGAACAAUCGUGCGUCUUCACCGCUUUGUCCGAGGAGUCUAUUUUUGAAUCGGCUUCUUCGAACGCAGAGUCCAUCUCAGAUCCUCCCAAGAUCUUCCAUUCGAUUCCACCAUUGAGCGAGCGCAUUCGCAAGAAGACCGAUCCGGCAGUUGCGCCGAAAACGGCCAAGAUGGAUUUUGAGGCAGCCAUCAUUGAAUCCACGAUAAGCAUGGACACAGUGGAAGAAUCGACGAACGGCGAGGAGAAAUCGAUGCUGUCGACUGCGUUGCGCGAGCUCCUGGAAGCGAAACUGGACGACGAACCUGAAGUAAUAAAAAAUGACAUUGAUAACGAGAUUAGCGCAUCGUCACAAGUAACUCAACCAAAAUCAGACAUCUCCCCUGAACAUAGCCUAGACACGGUACAAGGCUCGGCCAUGAUUCAAGAAGCCCCUCCGAAGCUGGAAGAGGCUCCCGCCAAAAAGGACGAGGAGACCAAACCUAAGGAAAUAAAACGAUUGAAAGAUCCGAGGACCGUCGUACCGAAUAACAUGCCUGCACCGCCGGCCUUUAAAUCGGACGCUCUUCCUCCCGUCAAGCGCAAGGUUAGAACGUUAUCCAUAUCGGAAUAUCGCAAACGCAAACAACAAUCGUCCGGAGGAACUGGAGCCGAGCCGGAAUCGUCGAAAGAUGAUUCCACCGCGGAUAAAAGCGGAACGCGAGGUAGAUCAGAUAGCACCAGCAGUGGCACCUCUUCGCUCAGUUCCGACGAGGAGGGUUCCAAGGCAUCUGCUGCCCUUGAUUUACCGGGCGUUACCACGUUAACGCUCUUCCCAAACGCCACCAAUGAAAAUGAUGAAAAGAAAGGUGGCGAGGAGGGUACAAUCGGUUGGUCCGCGGCGCCAACUCUGGUAGAACGUCAACGAGAAAAUCUCACUGAGCGGUUAAAACGCGAAUUCGGAUUGUUUCUCAGUGACGACGAAGAGGAGAGAGCUCGUAAGCAUGGUUUGACAGCUGAGGCGAUAUUGAAGGCACACAAAUCUCCGCCUCAGAAUUUGGUCUCUAGCACCCCACCGGGAUAUCCCGGAUUGCAACAAUUACCACCUCAGCCGUACAUACCGCCACCCGGCUCCGCGUCCAUUCACUACCCCCAGUUCCAGAGUAGCAAACCCGGUUCAGUCCAGUAUCCGAAUUUUGUGAUACCCCCGCAGACCACCGCGACUCAACAGCCGAUAUAUGGCACGACCGUGCCGUCGCAAACGGGUGGAGCUGCCAACAAGCAAGUGCAACAGCAAUUUUUGGUACCACAAGCGUCCCAAGCGCCGCCAGGUUCCAAUCCGUAUCCACCGCCGCAAUUCGUGCCGCCGCCGCCGCCGCCACCAGUAACGGCGGCAACGGCAACGGUGCCCGCGGCGACUACGGGAAUAGCGGUAUCCAAGUUCUCGUCAACGACACCACCGCCAACAGGCAACCAAGUGUACCCUCCCGCUGCGCCAUCGGGACAGCCGCAAAAACCAUUUUUCAAUCAUCCAGCACCGCCGAGAUCGUAACCGGCAGAAAAGGGUAGGAUUGUUUAAAGUUCUCAAAUUCCAAAUUGAUAUCAUUUCACGUUCUCGAUCGGGUGCGAUGCCGUAGAACCUGCUUGCUCCCAUCGUGCGCGGUUUUUCUUUCUAGGAAGAAAAAAUACGAAUUCGAGCUAAACCUUCUUGAUAUUGGAAGUUCACAUUCUCUCUUGCUGUAAGAUAAUAUAUACAUUUAUCAUUUCGCGCAUGUGCGAAGAAAACAGAGACAAAAUGUAAGAAUGCGCGAAGUCGCACAUAUGUAAAAUUCCAAUAGUUGCACUAAAUAAUUAGAAGAAGCGGAGUUUAGUUUGUCGUCAAUCGCUUCCAGAAUCGUCGCGCACAUAUUUAAAAAGUUUAAUCAAUAGAUAAUUUGAUGGUUCUUCUCUCAAAAUAUUUUACGGAAAUCGCGCGGUGGCCUAAAGAUGAUAGCUGAAUAUUUCAAGGAUAUAUAACGGCACGCAUUUUAAGUAGCAUAUAUUUAGAGUAUAUCCGGGAAACUCUCUUUGAUGGCCAAAAGUGUAUUCGAUGAACGAACGUACACUUUUUAUACCGGCAAUAUGCGGUGCCCUAAAAUGUUUAUAUUAAUCAUCGUAGUCUACACACACACACACAAUUUUGAUAAGAUUAAAGUUGGAAGCGCGCUCGCGAGUAAGACCGAUAUUUUGAUUCUCGUGAUAUAUCCCUUUUAAGAACAGUUAUCAUUAUAUACAAUGUGCACACCUUGUAUCAUUCAACUUGUCUCUAUGUACAUGUAUAUACAUAUGCAUAUGCAUAUAUACACACAUAUGUAUAUAAAUAUAUAUAUAUAUAUAUAUAUAUAUAUAUGCACACACACACACACACACACACACACACACACACACACACACACACACACACACACACACACACACACACACACACACACACACACACACACACACACACACACACACAUAUAUAUAUAUAUAUAUAUAUGUAAAGUUUGCAUAAUAUUAAUAAUAUACGAAGUUAUAUAUUUAACGAAGCUAUAUUUAGACUAGUCCGUAGAAACGCAAUUACUCUCUAAUAAUCUCAACACAACUAUUCUAAUAGAUAUACAAGCUAGUACUAUGUUGUGCAGUUUUUUGUAGGAAAGGCAAAAGGGAGCGUGGAAUUCUCUAUAUUUUAUAUUUCACUGUAAAAUGAUAGAUUAUUUAUAAUAAAGAGUAAAUGUUGAAAUUUAUGCUUGAGUUCUAUUUUGGAAAUUUGAAAGUCAGGUUAUUUCGUUUAUUUUUCGUACACAGGGUGACGCGUUAUCGAUAUAAUAAACAUUUUCUUCCUUUUAGCGUUAAUAUUUUAUUUAAAUAUGUUAUUAAUUCUGAAUCCAUAUAUCGGGACCGAUAUUAAUAUUGUAAGGAAAUGUAGAACGAUUACUAUUAUACGAUAAAUUGUACAAUGUAACUGUGCGUUUUCUUUUUGUCGACGCUUUGAGCGAUAUGGAAUAUAUUUUUAGUCACACCAAAAAAAGCGAAAGAAAUUCAACGAUAUUUUAUUUAUGAAUUCCUUUAUUUUUUUUUUAAGUUAAUCUCCCGAAACUUUAUUCGCUCACAUUCAACAUUCAUUCAAGUACAAAACUUACAAAGUGGUAAAAAAAGUGUAUUAAAAAAAUGAUAUAGAGAGAUAUAUAUAUAAAUUGCGAGAUAAAUUAAAUUCAGAGAGAGAAAAUUUAGAAAGAGAGAAAGAGAGAAAAUUAGGCUAUUUUGUAACGAGAAAAGUGCUUCUUCUUAUUUAGUCCAUGAAACAAAAAAAGAACACGAUUGUUAGUGAAAAUAUGCGUUCUUUCUUCUUUGCGUGAAAAACUGCGGGCAGCGCAUUGCGUUUAAUUUUGUGCGAUAUCGUUAAGAUUUGUAACACAAUGACGAGAAGCAAUUGCUUUUAAACUUGAAAUUACAACGUAGUAGUUUUCUAUUUGCAACGUCGACCCGGUGUACACGCGUGUAAUUGAAAUUAUAUAUAUUGUACUUUAUAUGUGUAAUUAAAAUUAUUAUAUAUAUAACGUAUAUCAGAAAAAGAAGAGUUACGGAUUUGGAGGGUGCGUGAUUAUUAUAGGUGUACAUUAGUAUGUUAUUACUUGUUGAAGACGAGAAGAAGCCAAGUUUCGCAUUUCUUUAAUUCGUAAGUUAAUUUUCAUCUGUUUGUAUGAUAUUAACAUAUUGUUUAUUGUAUUUUCGGUCACAGACACUUGCAAGAGGGCGAACAAUGGUGAAUAUUAUUAUAAAAGAAAACAACGACGAAUACUUCUCGCUGGAAAUACUCCCUGCGAUAUAUUUAAGAUUUCGCUGUACUCUAUAACAGUCAUAGUUAUUUACUUUCCGCAGCAAUAGAAAUGUUGUGAACACGUGUCGCUCGCAAACUAAUUAUAGUACAAUAUUAGAGGCGGUACAAUCUUAGAGAGACUCUCGUAAAAAUUAUAGCUGUGUUACAGGUGCUCAAGGUACCUCGCGUCAAGCGACUAAUUAGAAUCGAUUCAAUGAGAGAGAAGGCAUCGUGAACUUAUAUUUAGCAAACAUCUUGAGAGAGCAUUGGCAGAGAAAAGUAAAUAUAUAUCUUAAUUUAUUAUUCAGAAAAUAAAUAUAUAGUUGCGUUAUUUUUAUUUUUUUAAUAUCUUCUCAGUUUUAAUUUACACGAUUCCUUAGUCGCAAAUAUAUAACUAUGGCUGCAGUCCAUGUGUCACUAAAUUCUUUGUGAGAAGCUGUCGAAGAUGAAGCGAAAAAACAUCUGGCGCAUUCGAUCCAGUGGAUCGUAUCCAUUGUGUGAUUCGCGAUCAAAAUUCCACCUGAACGAAAAUGCAAAACAUAUGUAACGCAUGGAGUUUUCGAAACGUGUAUAAAGGAAGAAACAAUUGUGCGAUUUCAAUCAUCGGUUCUUAAGCAAAUAUCAAAGUUUAGAGAUCUGUGAUUAGGAAGUAAGAGGGCAAAAAAAAUUAAGUUAUAAUAUGUAUUUAUGUAUUCUCUGCGAAAGUAUUUCAAUGGAAUUCUCUUCUGAGCGCAUAUAUGUACGGUUCUCCUAUGAUCGAAAGCAAUGAGAGAAGCACAGAGGGAGAGCCCUUUUUAUAUUGCGUUCGGCUGCGAUUUCAAAAUGUAAACAGACAUAUUUUUGGCAUUUGGUGUUUACUUUGUACUUUAGCUGAUAUUUUGUAAUAAUAAAAGAAAAAAGAAACGUGUGUGUACUAAUGUAAGUUAUAAAUUGCCGCGGAUGGCGUAACAUCAGAUACGGAGAGAGAAUGGUGGGCAGUGUACAGCUCAUGUUCGCCAUCCGAGUUACAAUGAGAACAUGUAAAUAUUUUUGUAACAUAACUUUAAAUAUAUACAUAUAUCUAUAUAUAUACACACACACAUAUAUAUAUACAUAUAAAUAUAUAUCUAUAUAUUAAUCUUUCUCUAUCCUCUUUAAUCUUUGAUGAAAUCCGUAAGAUAAGAUACAAGCAUAUGAUUGCUUUGCAGCUAAAUCUGUAUGUUUAUUGUCCGUUGUACAAUUCUCCUACAUAUAUAGCUCGUACUAUAUAUAUAUAUCUGUAUAAUGACAUUCUGAUAAAGAGAGCAGGCAAAAACAAGCGACUUUGUUAUUAAAGGUAUCUGAUAGUAUAAAGCAACUCGUUAGAGAUAAUCGUUUCAAUGUUGUAAAUAAGAGAGUACACACAGAGAGAGCAUAGCAGUUAUAUAUAUAUAUAUUAUAUUAUAUAUUAUAUUAAUAUUAUAUAUUAUUAUAUUCAACUUUAUAAAAUAGGCUGAGAACAUAAUUUUUUUAUUUGCGAUUCACUGUUACAUGUAUGUGCCUAGUUAUAGCCAUGUUACAUUAUUAUCUAUUACAUUGUACGAUAAUUUAAUCAACGUACUACCGAUUAUAAUAAAUGUAUAACAAGUUCUUCGAUAUCAAACUCUACACGAUAUAUAUUAUUAUAACGUGUAAAGAGCUCAUAUUUAGGCAUACGUGAAAUUUAAUAAAUCGGAAUACAUUUUACGAAUUAA